UAUUGCGAGGGUAAUCUCAUUUGCCAAAUAACUAAAGCUGAGACUGUGAGCAGAUGAUUGUAGCUUUUUCCGUUGUGUGAUACAGUCAGACUCACUUAUAACGACCCUAAAUAUAAUGAUCUAUUGGUUAUAACAACCACAUUUCAAUGCAUUUAUGGUUAUUUGACCCUGCCUAUUGAAACUCCUUACACAUAGCAUGGACCUUUUUUUUCUCAAAAGGGCCGUGCGGUUACUGACGACGCUUCAAACCCUGUCACGGUAAAAGAAAGGGCAUGCGACAAACCAAAGCACGCAAGCGCGACCAAACUGAGCGCACGGCAGUGCGCACCCCGCCCCAGUCCAACUGGCAACGAUGAUACGGUUUUCGAGAUGAACGAGCGAACCAACGCAUGUGGAUUUAGUAAGGUGCGAUUUCGAAAGAGCCCAACCACUCCACGGCAGUCGCUGAGAAGGUCGCGCACUUUCAAGGCACGCCUCCAGCUAGGAGGCGUACGGCAUAAACAGCAUGGCGCGGGGCAUGCACUGGUGCAAUAUUGGUUGCCGUGGUGGCGUCACUGUUGUUUCUGUGCAGUUGUCAGCGCAGCACCAUGUGCGUUGCGACGGUUGCUCGAGCAUUCCUGUUGACGCUGCUGGAGUCGGCGAGAACGCUGUACCGAUUGCUGCAGCCACGUAAUACUGCAGCGCAUCAGCGGUUACUACGCCGUUAUCAGAUCGCUGUUUGGCGGUGCUUCGUUUACGCGUUGCCGAUUGCUGUAACGGUUUGCAGUGACAUUUUGCAUUUAGAAUGUCGGAUUUGUUUCACUCCGAGCAGCAUAGAUAACGUAAUUUUACGGUUUGUGUGUGGCCGACGUGCAGUCGUAAUGCCAGUACCAUGAUGUCCUAUACCAUCGCGGAGGGGCGGCAUGCCGUAGUAGUUGACGGAGUUUAUGCUUCCGGCACACUGGAACGCUUCGCUCUCUUGUGCAGAAUGCAGUCGUGUCCCGCUGGUAGUAAAAUAUAUCACAAGCUCUCGAAUAAAAGAUGGUGCCUGCGCUUGCACUUUCAGAAUGACAGGUGAUGGGAAAUGUGCGCCAUUUCGAAAGAGCUACAUGACGCAGCUUUUCAUUCUUUACGUGGACAUUUGUAGCGGAAAUUUGCGGUAGAUACGGGAACAAAAAUGUCACUGAAAAUUGGGUUUUUGGGGCAAAGCGCUGCCAAAUUGUAACUGCUGACACCAGGUUCGGUGCAGUUAAUUCUUGAGCAUCCUUAAGGGUGAAUCCAUACGUAACAAUCCACUGAUUUUACGACCACUUCUUGCGGAACUACAGUGUUCAUUAUAAACGGGUUCGGCUGUAGCAAGUUUGACUUGUUGCACCAAAAGGCACUGACAACAGGCAAGAUGUACAUACUGUCAGCUGCUGGCUUUUCAAGCACAUUACUUUAUUCAGUACUUGCUUUUGCCAAAACUAGUUAUUUAGAAUUUUCGAGAGUUUCCAGUAUGACCUAACCAAGAAAUUAGCAGCACGCACUGCUGGUGGUUGUAGUUUGGCGAGCAAGUGGUGCUGCCCACGGCAUGGUGCAUUAACAGUCAAAUGAAACAAGCCAAGGACAGCUUGCGUGCCUCCCCCCCCCCCCUUUUUUUUCUUUUCUUCCUACUGUGGAUGGCAUGUAAAUUUUUUUACAGUCGAACCCGACUAUAUCACACUCGUUUACAUCGAAGUAUCCCGUAUAUCGAACAAUUUCUGAACACCGUAAUGUUACAAUAAGAAUAUACAGCAAAAAGUACGGUUAAAUCGAACAAAAAUAGCAGCCGCACUUGAUAUAUCAAACUUCAAGCACCGCAAAAUUGUCCCAGAAGUUGGCUUUCCCGCGCGGCGGCCGGGCCAGCCGCGGGCACCCCCGUCCCAGACAAAGUGGUUUAGCCCAACUGCGCUUGUGCGGCGCUGCUCUCGCUCCCGUUCAGACAGCCGCCCCCUAGAAAAAGUGGUUCGACCCUCCUCGCUCUCUCACAGCCACGUGCGCCAUAGUCUUUUCUUUCUCUAUGCGUGCGCCUGCGUGAGUCCUUCGCGUCCUUCACCCAAACCACCAAGAAGAUCGGUUCAGUUCCUUCAGUUGCGAGAUUGCGUAGUCGCGUUCCGGAAAGCAGUGCUCGUCCGCUCCAUAAAGAGAUGGCUGCCGUGAAACGGAAGAAUUUAACAAUAUCCACGAAGAUAGAGAUAAUUCGAAGAGUCGAACGCGGAGAAAAGAAGUCGGAUGUCGCCGCAGCGUACAACAUUCCAAGAAGCACGUUGAGUACGCUAUUAAAAAAUAAGGCUGACAUUAGGGCUAAGGUGGACAAGAGGCCUGGUGCUACCGACGCCCGAAGGAUACGCACUGCUGUAUAUGAAGACGUGGAGGCCGCAGUGUACAAGUGGUUCCUUGACGUUAGGUCACGAAACAUCCCUGUUUCUGGCCCCAUAAUUGAGCAGAAAGCGAAGGAUCUCUCUUUCAUUCUGAACAGACCCGACUUCAAAAGCGGUUCAGGUUGGCUGCAGCGUUUUAAGGAGCGCCACAGCAUUGUCGGCCGGGCUAUCACUGGUGAAAGCCGUGCGGUGGACGUCACGAGCAUUAACAAAUGGAUCGAAGAAAAUUGGAGCGAGAUCAUGACAAGAUACCAUCCCCGCGAUAUAUUUAACGCCGAUGAGACGGCUUUGUUUUGGCAAAUGCUGCCAAACAAAACGCUGGCGUGUCGUGAUGAGAAGGCCCAUGGCGGGAAAGUUAAUAAGGCCCGAAUAUAAGUGUUGCUCGCCACCAACGUCGAUGGAUUGACCAAGCUUCGACCACUUGUUAUCGGCAAAAGCAAAUCGCCGCGAUGCUUAAAGAAUGCACUCUCUGUUCCUGUGACAUACAGGUCCAACGGAAAAGCUUGGAUGGCAAGCGAACUUUUUGGAAAAUGGCUGAAGUCCUGGGACGACGAACUGGUAAGCAGACAGAAAGGUCUGCUUACUACUUGAUAAUUGUUCCGCUCACCAUUGUAAUGUCAGCGUCAGCAACAUCGAGCUUCGCUUCCUACCACCGAACACAACGUCGGUGCUGCAGCCUUUAGAUCAAGGUGUCAUUCGUGCGCUGAAGGCAGGCUAUAGAAAGCGCCUUGUGCAACGGCUUUUGCUUAACCUUCGCACUGGCCGGGAGCUGAAAAUUGACCUCCUGGGCUCAAUAACAAUGUUGAAUGCGUCGUGGAACGAUGUCAAGAAAGAAACGAUCCAAAAUUGUUUUCGUCAUUGUGGACUGAGUGUUUCCGGGGAGGCUGGUGCCAGCUCAUCCGAAAAUUGCGUUGAACCUCUCGACAUCGAUGAACCACUCGAGGAACUUGACGAUUUGUUAAGACAGCUGUCCGAGUUCCCAGGCGCCGUUUGUGACGGGACUGUGGCUACAGACUUUGUCUCCGUUGACGAUGAUGUUGCGACUACUGGAGAGCUCGCUGACCAAGACAUUGUUGCCGAUCUGGCUAGAGAUCCCGCCGGCGACUGUAACUCCGAGGACCCUACGAGUGCCGACCCGCCCACGUGUUCCGAAGCACUUCAUGCACUGAGCGUUGUUCGCCACCACUGCGCGCCCAUAGAAGGCUGUGGGCUCAGCUGUUCCCAGUCGCUCGACAACGUUGAAAAGUGCAUGCUCAGCAAUGCUUUCAAAGUGAAAAAACAGAAGAAGAUCGGCGACUAUUUCUCGCGCUAGUAUGCCCAUGGUGCAUGUAUUUAAAAAGUAAAGAACACUUUUUAAUGAGGUGCGUUUUGUACAUUGUCAAUUUCUUUAAACGUUCUAUAUCGAAUUACACGAUAUCUCGAACUAAUUCCCGUUUUUUUUUAGAGUUCGAUAUAUGCGGGUUUGACUGUAUUAUACCAUGGCUUCUUUCCCUAAAACCUUGAAAAUGUUCGCUAGGAAGCUACAAGUCUGGCAUGCUCACAGUCUUUGAUCCAGUUUGCAGCUACGAUGGAAAGCCUUCCAGAGCCAGCGAAUGUGGGCAUUAAACGUCACAUCAAUACAUGCUGUAAAACUUGCUUGGUCUUGUGUUGCUUGU